UACCUCUCCCUUCUCCAUUCGGCGGCCGAUCAGUACGGACGUGAGAGUGUAUUAGCUGCUAUAGUGUAUUUAAUUAUUCGUUAAAACGCGAUCUUGUAUUGUGUUUUAAGUGUUUAAUUAAAGAAAAACAAAGUAAUAGUAUAUAAUGGCCGAUCAGGAGAACAAGGACUUCAGCGAAGAUAUUGCCGAUCAAAACUUCGAGCAGAACGGCGAAGCGGAGAACGGCGGCGGGGACGCCGCAGAAAAUGGCCAAGAAUCGCAGGAGGACAGGUCAACUGGUGGUAAUCAGGAUUCUUUGAAUGAUAGGAAAUUGUUUGUUGGUGGCUUAAGCUGGGAAACCACAGACAAGGAACUCAGAGAUCACUUUGGCACAUAUGGAGAUAUCGAAAGCAUCAAUGUUAAAACGGAUCCCAAUACCGGAAGGUCACGAGGAUUCGCUUUCAUUGUUUUUGCAAAAGCCGAAUCUCUAGACAAGAUCAUGUCAGCUAAUGAUCACAUAAUUAACGGUAAAAAAGUCGACCCAAAGAAGGCGAAAGCUAGACAUGGAAAAAUAUUUGUUGGUGGUCUUUCAACAGAGUUAUCGGACGAAGAUAUCAAAAAUUUCUUCUCUCAAUUUGGAACAAUUGUGGACGUAGAAAUGCCAUUUGACAAGACAAAGAACCAGAGGAAAGGGUUCUGCUUUAUCACUUUUGAAUCUGAACAAGUAGUAAACGAAUUAUUAAAAACUCCAAAGCAAACAAUCAACGGCAAAGAGGUCGACGUGAAGAAGGCGACACCUAAGCCAGACGGAAUGGGAGGAAUGCGGGGUGGAGCUGGCGGACGCGGCGGCCGUGGCGGAAGGGGAGGUAGAGGACGCGGUUUUGGCGGUCAAGGUGGUUGGGGCCAAGGUGGAUACGGAGGUGGCUACGGCGGGGGUUACGGCCAAGGCGGUUAUGGCGGUGGCUAUGACGGAUACGGAGGAGGCUACGAUUAUUACGGCGGUGGGUACGGCGGCUAUGGUGGUUACGACUACAGUGGAUACGGAGGCUCAGGCUACGGCGGAAAGCAGAGGGGAGGUGGUCGUCAGAACCAAAGGCACCAACCCUAUUAAUGGAAAUCAUUCAUUGCGACCGCAAUGCAAUACGCAUUGUAACCGCUGGUUUCCUGUCUUACAACAAAUCUCAUAACUCGUUAAAUCAUCAUUCCAUUAAACAACGCCACCUUCAGCCAGAUUUUCAACAACGCAGACUACUGCCGCAAAAUAAAAUGAAUCAUCAGGAGUCACGACAAAAAUCGUAAUAGCUUCACAUUUUGCGUCUAGCAAUACAUCUGUAUUAUCAAGGACAAGAAAAAAGAAAAAAAUGAACAUGUGUGUGUGUGUGUAUAUAUGUCUGUACCGCGUAUACAUACAUAUAUAGAUAUACAUAUGAUUGUUGGUACACACAUACAUACAAGAUAGGUACACAAUGCUUUCUUCCAUCUCUCGUUUACCCUUUUGUACAAAGCGAAAAAUACUUCAUAUUUUUCAUUGGUCUUACUUUUCACUUCAUCUUAUUUAUCAUUAAUUUUUUUACUAAUGGUACGUUCAGUCGUUCAGCGUGAGGCAGGAUCGUAUCGUAGUACGUUUGCAAAGAAAAAUAAUAAACGUGUGCUGACACAAUACGAAUGUAGCGCAAUGUCAAUUUUCCAAACGUAUGGAUGAAUAAACCGAUGUUACGCCUUGCGAUGAAACAUUGUAACGCAAUAUUUUUGUGCAAAUGGGAAAGCAAAAGAUGAUAGGAAAUAAUUUAAAUACAGAUAUAUUAGGAAGAAUCAAGUUUCUUAUUCACCAUUUUGGGACUGUUGGGGAACAACUUCGUCCCUAUUUUUAACAAUAAGAUUAUUUUAAUUUGUCUAUAAAACUAAACUUAAUAAGAUGAGAAACCCACUGUAGAGAAGUAAGCAGGCAAUGUACUUUUUACACGGCUACGUUAUAAGACAAAAAAGAAAAAAGAGAAAAAUGAGAAGUACCAAGUUGUUUAUAAUGAUUGUGUGAGGUAUGAAAAUGAGGUAAAAAGAUUAUUGCUUCCUUAUUGGUAAGAGAAAUAGGAUAAAAUAAAUUCAUUUUGUGUACAUAAUAAUA